AUGAAAGAUCUUGGCAAUUUACACUUCUUUCUUGGAGUUGAGGUUAAGAAUUUUGAUGGGGGCAUCCAUUUAAGCCAGAGUAAGUAUGUUGUUGAGCUGCUAGACAAGAAUGAAAUGACUUUUGCAAAGGCUAUAUCUACUCCUUUGGCUCAAAAGCAUGGUAUACAUGAAGUUGUGGGAAUCCUGGUUGAAACAUCCUUUUACAAAAUGAUAGUAGGGAGUCUUCAAUACUUGACACUCACAAGACCAAAUAUUAUUCAUGUUGUGAAUUUAGCAAGUCAAUUUAUGCAAAAUCCAAACAGUGCACAUCUUCAAGGGGUGAAAAGAAUUCUCAAGUACAUCAAAGACACUCUGCACUUUGGACUUAGACUUAUUUCACAAUCACCAUGUAGGUUGUAUGGAUACUCUGAUGCUGAUUGGGGAGGUUGUACCACUACUAGAAGAUCAACUACAGGCUAUAGCAUCUACCUAGGUGCAAACUGUAUUUAUUGGACCUCCAAGAAACAGUCCACAGUUGCUCGUUCAAGUGCUGAAGCUGAGUAUAGAGCACUUGCCUCCACUGCAUCAGAGAUGACAUUGAUCAUGUAUUUACUUCAUGAUCUUGGGGUGUUUUUUCCGAUCUGUACCUACAUUGUGGCUAAAGGACAACGUGUUACUCAAUUUGUGAGGUCUAAGAAUCAGCUAGCAGAUAUUCAUACAAAAGCAUUAACCAUACAGGUUUUUGUUGAGUCUCGUCGCAAGCUAGGAUUUACAGUUCCUCGACUCACUAGCUUGAGGUGA